CGAUGCUCAGGAAGCAAAGCACCAACCAUUACUACCUAUAGAAGUUUUAGUGCGGUGUUGUGUAGCUUGCUUUGAAGCUCGCGGCUACAGUCGACUGAAUGGAUGAAUAUUUUCAUUUAAAUAAAUAAUGUUGGAUGGUUGCGCUGAUGAGGUUCAACAUUUGCCGGUUGCUGGGGUUGGGGAGUGGCUCAACUGACCAGAUCCCUGAGAAAAUGGAGACUGGUGCGACGUCUGACCACAGUCAGGAUGUACUCUCUCAGAAUGGCAUGAAUGGAGAAGAGGGCCUCAGUGAAGAGGAGAAAGCCAGAAGGAGAGCUGAAAGACGAAGAGCUAAAAGAAAGCGUCAAAAAGAGCGAAAGAAACUUGAGCGUGGUAAAAAUGAGCACAUUGUAGAGCUGGCGGAAGAGCAUGCAGGUGUUGAUUCGGAGCUGGAGGAUAGUGGCUCUGACAUUGAUGAGGAGCAAAUUAAGGAGAAGCUGAUGGAACUGGGUGAAAAAGAGUUGGAGAAAGAAUGUCCUUCAUGUAAGGGCAGUGCCACACCGCCACUGGCAUCAGGAAACAAAGGAAACCAACAGCUGUCAGCUUCCUCCUGUGAGGAGGAGCCAGAGUGGGACGUGAGCAGUGCCUUUUUUGCCAAUGCUGCUAAUCACUUGAGACCCAAAGCCAAGACCAAAUCAGGCUGUAAAUCCAAAGAGAACAAAGAAAAUGAGGGAAGAAUCAGAGAGGUCAGUGUAUCGGAGUCUGUGACUAAGAGAAGUGCUUCACUGACAGAAAAGGGGAUCCAUCUGGUAAAUGACGGGCAGUACAGUGAGGCUGUAAAUAUGUUUACAGAAGCUAUCAAAUGUGACCCAAAGGACUACAGGUUUUUCGGAAAUCGCUCUUAUUGUUAUUACUGUCUGGAGCAGUACUCUCUAGCACUUGAUGAUGCUGACAAAUCUAUUCAGAUGGCUCCUGACUGGCCUAAAGGGCACUAUCGCAAGGGAAGUGCUCUCAUGGGCCUUAAGAGGUACAGUGAGGCUGAGAAAGCUAUGGAGCAGGUCCUGAAGCUGGAUAAAGACUGUGAGGAGGCAGCCAGUGACCUUUUCUACUGCAAAGUGCUGCAGUUAAUGGAUCUUGGAUAUGAAGAAGAGCAAAGUGUGCUUUUACUUGAGAAGUACAGCACAGUACAAGCUAUUCUGGCAGCCAGAGCAGCAAACAAUGACUCUACUCUCCUUCAGCCAGGAAGUCCAUGCCCUUCUCUCUGGGUGGGUAACGUAACCACAGAACUGACUGAGAAGCACCUGUGGGACCUUUUCAAAAACCAUGGAGAAAUUGAGAGCAUCCGAGUGCUCCAUGAGCGUUUCUGUGCUUUUGUAAACUUCAAGAACGCCAGCAUGGCUGCGCGUGCUAUGGAAAAGCUCAAUGGCCAUUUGAUAGGAAACACAAAGUUAGUGGUCCGGUAUCCAGACAGACGCAUCCUGAAACCAUUCCCUGUUUCUACUGCAUCACAGGCUGCAGGGACUGUUGGAGCUAGGCGUAGGGGUCCUGUCAAUGGAGACGAGUGCUAUUUCUGGAGGACCACUGGCUGUCAUUUUGGGGACAAAUGUCACUAUAAACACAUUCCUGAACAGCGUGGCAAAGACAGAAAGCCCUGGCAGCCCUGAGUCUGUGCACUCUUCCACCUAUCUUCAAACUCAUCUCUGUUUCUAAAUUAUUUUCUAUUUUUUCUUCACUCAGUGCCAGAGGAAAUGGACAGAGAUUACAUGGACUGUGUGAGUUCAAAGACGUUUACUGAUUUGAAUGGGACUUGGGCCUGUAUAAUUUUAUUACAGUGCUCUUGGCUCAGCUCAGCAAUGACCUUGGUGCCUUGGAGUUGGUUCAGAGUGUUAUCACUUUAAGAUUCCCUGAGAAUGAAAAAGAACAUGACUCAGAACAGCAAGCAGCCCGUUUAGCUAAGGUUGGGUGUAUGGUUGAGGCUAUGGUUUGAAGACAGAACUGUCAUCCAUCAUGUCUGCUCUUCUUUCCUCUGUGCCUACACCACUGAGCCAAAGCACAGCCUCAGAUAACUUAUUACUUAUGGGUUCAUCCCAAACAAAGGCCUUUUAUACAGACAAGGUGUUGUGAAGCCCUUCUAUGUUUUUUAAUAUCUUUCCAAGAAAUCUUGCACAAAAACUGGUUAGUUAAAAUCUAGAUUUAAAGCCUUCUAAAACGUGUGAAAUUUUACCAAAGAAUAACACCCUAUUUUUGAGUACAAAUUAAGUAAAAAAAAAAUUAUUGUGAGACAGAAACAUCAUUUUACUGUAUAUUUAUGUAUGGUUAUCACAUCCCCCCCCCCCCCUUUUUUUUGUGUUAAAGGUUAAGUUCAAAUCUGUCCCCUUCUUUGAGGGUAGUUUUGGCCAGGCCUCAUUUAGUCUAUGUGGAGAUAUCAUGUUUACUUGGAGUACACAAUUUUAUUUAGUCCUCUUUAAAGGUCCUUGAUGUGUUACGUUAAAUGAAAAAGUCUUCGAAAUGGGUUAAAACUAGCAUUUAAAUGCUGAACUGAUUUUUUUCCCCCGAUUUGUUUGUUGUUGCACUUUAUACUUCAGCACGCACUAUGUGGAAUUUAAGUAUUGGGAGAUGGAGCAUGUUUUAAUAGACAGAAUUUUUUAUAUAUUGAAAUAUGCAUUAAGGUUAUAUUUUCCGAAGGUAUUAACUACAAUUCUGGUUCUUUAUUAAUAGUUGUUCUCAUCUCUGUUUAAGAUAAGUUUAUGUCUGCAGUUCUAUCACAUCUUAACAACUGUCUCCUUAAAUAUUGGUUACUUACUGUGUCUAGGAGGUAAUUCAGAUGUUUUCAGUGUUUGAUUGUUUUUUUUUAUGUGCUUCUAUUUCUUGUUGAUUGUGAAACCCAGGAAGUUGUUCUUUUCCACUGGACCAAGCCACUGUGUACUUUUUUUUUUUUUUUUUUUUUUUAAUAGUAACAUGUUUGUAACAGCAGAUGGCUACGAGGU